AUGACGACAAUGGAUCUCCGUGUCGGCAACAAGUACCGCAUUGGCCGCAAGAUCGGUAGCGGCAGUUUCGGUGAUAUUUAUCUGGGCACCAACAUCAUCUCCGGUGAGGAGAUUGCCAUCAAGCUCGAGAGUGUCAAGGCCAAGCACCCCCAGCUUGAAUAUGAAGCCCGCGUCUACAAGUCUCUCGCUGGCGGUGUUGGUAUUCCGUUCGUCCGCUGGUUCGGUACUGAAUGUGACUACAAUGCUAUGGUCAUCGAUCUUCUCGGUCCUUCCCUCGAGGAUCUGUUCAACUUCUGCAACCGCAAAUUCUCCCUGAAGACCGUCCUCCUCCUGGCUGACCAGCUCAUCUCUCGGAUUGAGUACAUCCAUGCCAAGUCUUUCAUCCACCGUGAUAUCAAGCCCGACAACUUCCUCAUGGGAAUUGGCAAGCGCGGAAACCAGGUCAACGUGAUCGACUUCGGUCUUGCCAAGAAGUACCGUGACCCAAAGACUCACUUCCACAUUCCUUACCGCGAGAACAAGAACUUGACUGGUACUGCCCGUUAUGCCAGUAUCAACACCCAUCUUGGUGUCGAGCAGUCCCGUCGUGACGACAUGGAGUCUCUGGGCUAUGUGAUGCUGUACUUCUGCCGUGGCUCCCUUCCCUGGCAGGGACUGAAGGCUGCUACCAAGAAGCAGAAGUACGACCGCAUCAUGGAGAAGAAGAUGACCACCCCCACUGAGCUUCUCUGCCGUGGAUUCCCCAACGAAUUCGCCAUUUACCUCAACUACACCCGGUCUCUGCGCUUCGACGACAAGCCCGACUACUCCUACUUGCGGAAGAUCUUCCGGGAUCUUUUUGUCCGCGAGUCGUUCCAGUACGACUACGUCUUUGACUGGACUGUCUACAAGUACCAGAAGAAUGCCGCCAUGAUUGUUGACGCCAACAACAAGAAGGAGAAGGAGGCCGAGGAUGCGCAACGCCGUCCUGCGGUCAACGCUGCUCCCAACCAGGCUCCUGUGGCUAAGCAGCCGGGUGCUGUCUCCGGCCCCAGGCGCAAGGUCCUGCCCAGUGGCACCAUGGACACUCCAGACACCAAUCGUGCUGUGGGAGGGAGUGACAGGAUGCUUCGUUCUGCUUCAAAGGGUGCUGCUGCAGGUACUUAUGCAACUCACCGUUCGAAGCGGGAUGAUGGUGCUGGUGCUCAGUGGUACUAA